ACGAGCUAUCGAAACUGACUUCAGACCGGUGUCUAUUUCACACACGAGGGUCAGGGGUGCAGCAGCCUUGGGAACAGAUAUGGAAACUGUCCGUGGUGAAGGGAUUUACAGAUGCGGACUGCUGUAACAUCAUUGUAGAAAGCAAACUUAUGGAGGAUCCUGAGACAAAGGAGUCUGUAAGAUGGACAGAGAUGAGCAGGAGAACCCAGACUACAGAAGAUAUCAUCAACCCUUGCCUAACAGUCUCUGAUGUGACUCAGAACAAGCUGAAAGAGACAGAUGAGAUGGACUUGGACACUGUUAAGCACAUUUCAGAGAGCAGGAGCUCACAAGAUAGGUCUCAAAACAACAUCAUUAGCCAUAGUCACCCUUUAGAUCAAGGCACUUUUUCUGGCCUUGUGCCAUCUGGGCCCAGUCCUUUCCUUCUGGCUUCACUGCAGUCCCUUAUUGAAGACGAUGAUCACAUGCUCCUCCCUCAUUCCUUACACCAGAUAGCAGAGGCCUACUUCCUUGAAAAGGAUUAUCAGUGGGCAGUGGAGUUUCUCCAACUAGAGAAGCUGUACCAUGAAAGACUACUGUCCAAUCUGGCCUCUAUACAGGAGCAAUGGGAGUCCCAAACCAAAAGUAACUCCGCUUUAAACACUAAUGGAAUGGACAGAGAGAGAGAGCAUAUGGAAUCGUUGAGUCAUAUCUGCAGAACACAUCAGAGACCUAACCUCCCUGCAGAAAAGAAAAUGUUACAAAAACGCCCACCCCAUGUGACAGAACACAGAGGCUCAAAACAAGAACGAGCUUUAGUCAACUCAACCGGGAGAGAAAACCGGGUGGAUGACUCCAGCUCAUGGUUGGAAGCUGAACAGGUGCCAGAAGAAGACUGUGAAGAGAAUGAAGAGGAGGAUGAGGAAGGUCUUGAGGAGGAUGAGUGCUGGAAUGAGGAUCUGCAGGAGGAGGUAGAGAUUGGUUGCCAGGGUCCUGUGGAUGAGCUGGCCAAACUCAUUCAGGUAGAGGAGAUGUUUCCCUCUGAUGGCUUAGUAUCUAUUUUAAAGAAGAGAGUUUGUGUAAGAGGAGCAGAGAGUCUUAAUUCUGCUCCAGACAAAGAUUUGACUAAGCGCAAAGUCCGCUUCAGAGAGCCCGAUGAUGCCUUCGAUCAAGAUGAGUCGACUAGAAACUCUUGCCUCAUCCUCCUACUCUUGUGUCUGGUUACCGUGGUGAUAAGCAUGGGUGGGACUGCUCUUUAUUGCCUCAUUGGAGAGGCGUACUCAAACGUGAACCAGAGCUGAAAUGUGUGGGGGAUAUUGUAGCAGAUGUAGCCGAGCCAGAGUCAUUGGCCAGCAUGUGCAAACAAGCCGUUAUUGUGCUCAACUGUGUGGGACCAUUAAGUCCACAAAGACUAUUGUUGAAAUGCACGG